AUGAAGGUCCUGAUCGACAAGUUGGACACGAACACGGAGACCAUCCACCGCUUAGAGGACUCGCUAAAGGAUGACAUACGCCGUAUGAAGGCAGAUGUUGCCCAACAGAACGAACGCAUCGAUGCACUCGACCGCAAGAUGGCCCAUUCGGCCCAGGAGCAGGCCAACGAGAUUGCGCAGAUUGUGGAAGGUCAGCUUACGGAAUCUCUCAAAAGCAG